GGCCACCCUCCGACCCCACCCCUGCCCCCACCACCACACAUUCCGAGGGGGGCCAGCCUCGUCGCGGUCCCGGAUCCCUGUCUCCUCGCACUCCCUUGUCGGAACACCGCCGGACCGCGUGUGCCCUCUCUUUAGUUGAGCUUCAGUCCUUUUAACCCCUUCCAACCAUGUCCGACGACGAGGAACAAUACUCUGAGGAGGAGGAGGAAGAAGAAGAAGUGAGGGAACAGGAACCCGAACCCGUACGGAGGCCAGAGGGAGAUGAGAAGCAAGGAGACCCCGAGUUUGUCAAGCGUCAGGAACAGAAGAGCUCGGCCCUCGACGAACAGCUCAAGGAGUACAUCACAGAAUGGCGCAAGCAGAGGUCAAAGGAAGAGGAGGAACUCAAGAGGCUGAAGGAGAAGCAGGCCAAGCGCAAGAUCAUGCGUGCGGACGAGGAGAAGCGCAUGGCUCAGCGCAAGAAGGAGGAGGAAGAGAGGAGGCAGCGCGAGGUUGAGGAGAAGAAGCAGCGGGACAUCGAGGAGAAGAGACGCCGCCUGGAGGAGGCCGAGAAGAAGCGCCAGGCCAUGAUGUCCGCCCUCAAGGAGCAGAGCAAGAGCAAGGGACCCAACUUCACCAUCAACAAGAAGGAGGGCUUCAACCUCUCAUCAGCUCAGAUUGAGCGCAACAAGACCAAGGAGCAGCUGGAGGAGGAGAAGAAGAUCUCCCUGUCGUUCCGCAUCAAGCCCCUCGUCCUGGACAACAUGAGCGUCGACAAGCUGCAGCUCAAGGCCGCCGACCUGUGGGAGCAGAUCGUCAAGCUGGAGACCGAGAAGUACGACUUGGAGGAGAGGCAAAAGCGCCAGGACUACGACUUAAAAGAGCUGAAGGAGCGACAGAAGCAGCAGCUCAGGCACAAGGCCCUGAAGAAGGGUCUGGACCCCGAAGCUCUUACCGGAAAGUACCCCCCCAUGAUCCAAGUAGCCUCCAAAUAUGAACGCCGAGUGGACACCCGGUCGUACGAGGACAAGAAGAAGCUCUUCGAGGGUGGCCUUGAGACCUCCACCAAAGAGAGCAUGGAGAAGGUCUGGUCGGAGCGAUCGCAACAGUUUGAGAAGCGCACAGCUUCCAAGCUGCCCAAGUGGUUCGGCGAGAGGCCCGGCAAGAAGAAGGGCGCCCCAGACAGCCCCGAGGAGGAGGAGCCCAAGGGAGGCGCCGACGAGGACCUCGACGAGCCCGCAGGGGGUGCCGAGGAAGAGGAGGAGGAAGAGGAGGAGGAGGAGGAGGAGGCCGCCGAGGAGGAGGAAGAGGAGGAAGAGGAGGAGGAGGAAGAGGAAGAGGAGGAGGAAUAAACUGCCCGAGCAUUCUCAAGGCACAGGAGCCAACGCGUUCUUCACAGUCCGGCCGAGACCCAAAUUCUCCAAGAGGGUCUCGCAACAGCGAAGCGCUGUCCUCAUUUUUAUCAUUAUUAUACGUUACGUCCAGAACACUUGUAUUCAUAUAACGCUAUCUUUAUAAAUGCAUAUUAUUUUAUUGUUUGUAUAAAUCCUUGGUGUAUGAUACUAUUUCAACUAGCAUGACUGAUGAUAUUAUGGAAGAGGUGAGAAAAGAGUCUUCGAAUAAAGACAACCAACAUUCUGCUCGGAGAAGUCUCCCCAUGUCUUGAGGUGGUCUGACCCCAUCCACCCCCAGGAACUGCGGGGACUCUACGCGAGAAUCAAUCCCAAUAUCUUGAGUUUAUUGCGAUUGCAUUCCGGGUAGUGAACCAAAAGAUUUCCACUCUCGCAAAACGUGGUGAAAAGUGCGAAGGUGCGAAAGAGUAAGUGCUGCAGGGCACCCCUCCCUGCCUCUUGUCAAGACAUGGCCAGGCUUCGCGUCGGAGGAGUGCAGAUCUGGUCAUAAAUUAGAAGUGUAUUUUUAUUUUCAUUUUGGAGUUAGGUAUUGUGGUAUUAAAAGAAUGAAACACC